AUGACGAUUGAUUCUGAGAAGGGACAUCCAGUGGGCAAGCUGAGGAAUUCAUCUGUAGAUGCGACAGCAAUGGCUCCCAAGGUCGGGAAAUUAGCAACUGAGAGCCCCCCAAGUCCUUGGACUCCCUUGGCCACACUGACCCUGCUGUGGACCUCUUUGGCCUGGACAGAGGGGAGACCUGGGUGCCCUUCCUGCGGGAUGCCCUCUCUGGAGCCAAGCGCCGAGAAAGCCUUCCUAAUCAAAGUGGCCAAACAGCAGAUCCUAGAGAAGCUGCAACUAAGCGAGAGACCCAACAUCACUCACCCGAUAUCACGUGUGGCUGUGGCCAAUGCCCUGCGGCGUCUGGACAUGAGCAAAAGCGGGACAGACGGACGGACUCCCAUCUGGGAGAACGCCGAGUCUGACGAGCAGGGGUACGAGAUCAUCAGUUUUGCAGAAACAGAGUCCUCUGGGAAACUGAAGUUCCAGUUCUCCCACACAAAAGGCCAAAACAUGCAGAUCCACCAAGCCCAACUGUGGCUGCAUCUAAAGACCCACCAAAACAUUACGUUACAGGUUUACCAAGAAGGCCAUCAGUUAGGGGAGCAGCAGAUGGAGACCAAGGGCUGGCAUACCUUCUCCCUCACAUCAGCCAUGCAGAGCCUUUUUGAGAGGGAAGAGAAGGCCCUGUAUCUGGAGUUGCAAUGCAAAGACUGCCACCCCCGCGGCAUCUCGAGUCUGACGACUCACACAGGCAGUGCCCACCAGCCCUUCCUGGUGGUUAAGGCCAAGAUACGGGACCCUGGUCAUCGGGUCACCAAGCGCAGCCUGAACUGUGAUCAGAAUUCCAGCGUCUGCUGCCGCAAAGACUAUUACGUCAGCUUUCGAGACAUCGGCUGGAACGACUGGAUCUUUAAGCCAGAUGGUUAUCAGAUAAACUACUGCAUGGGGGAGUGCCCCGUCCACCUGGCCGGCGCGCCCGGAAUGGCAGCCUCCUUCCACACCACUGUCUUCAAUUUAGUCAAAGCCAACAACAUCCAGACUGCUGGUCGCUCGUGCUGCGUCCCCACACAGCGACGGGCCCUUUCAUUGCUCUACUUUGAUCCCAAUAGCAACCUUAACAAGAAAGAAAUACCUGACAUGGUUGUUGACGCUUGUGGGUGCAGCUAAGGGCAGAAUUGUAAGCACAUGGAAACCUGAGAGGGGCGGAGGGGAAAUUGUGGACAUGUUAUUCAUGAUACUUCAGCUCAAGUUAGGAGCAAGGAACAGACUCUUUGCAGAGAGCAAACUGUGGUUUAUGUGGAGCAAAGCGAGCUGCAGUCCUUCCCACACGUUUACUAUGAAGACGUUUACACAGAGAGUGCUAGGCAGGGUUACUGCUUAGGAUUCUGUUUGCAUUCAGGUCCCCCACUAGUGGUAACAGUCUAAUAACUUUGCUAAG